AUGCUUCUCUUUGCUCAAUUCGGCCGUGUCUUGCCCGGGCCACUUCAGGUGGGGCUGUUGCGGGCACUGGUGACGCGGCUCGCAAGGGCUGAACGACCCUACCUCCGCCAGGAGCUGGUCGUGGUCUGCGCUCGCCUCCUCCACGAGGACCUGCAUGGUGCAACCUCAGCCCUUGCAAGCAUUGAGGUGCAAGGUUCCCCUCCUCGGAAUGGCCUGGAGCUGUUGUUGUCUGCGUGGUUGACCUGCGCGCCGGACAUUCGUGCCAAACGGGCGCGAAAUGUGACCCUUUCUGCCAUGUGUCGAUUGCACGAGCAGUGUUUCAAGGAGUCGCCUCUUCGCAACUGUCGUGUCAACGAGGCAGCAUUGCCCGAUCAGUUGCUUCGCGUCCUUAUCACCGGCCUGGAGUUCGAGAAUGAUCGCUGCAAGCGCCUUCGCGAAGCGGAGGCCGAAGCGCUGAAGUCGGAGGACGAGGACGACGACCCAGAUGAUGAGCCGGGGCCAGAAAAGGGCGGGAAGUUUCUGUCCGACUUCUUAGACUUGGAGGACCUCGAGGACUCUGACGGGUCAGACGCCGGCGGCGACACUUUCCAGAUGCUGGACAAGCUGGAGCAGAUGCUCCGACGCGGCCUGAAUCCCACCUGUGCCACACUUACCAGCGCGAUCAGUGCUUGUGGAAAGGGCCACGAGUGGGAAUCGGCAAUCAGCCUUCUGGCACAAAUGCCUACACUGCGCCUUCAGCCCAACGUUUACAGCUUCUCGGCUGCGAUCUCCAGCUGCGAGAAGGGUGGGCAGUGGCAAAGGGCCGUGGCACUCCUUGCAGAGAUGCCUGAGAGAAAGAUCGAAGCCAAUGUCUACAGCUUCAGUUCCACGCUCAGUGCUCUGGCUCAGUCCACGGAGCGACAGAGGGCCCUGAAUUUGCUGGAGGAGAUGCCAGCACGAGGCAUCGAGCCCGUCAUCGUUAGCAUCAAUGCCGCACUGGAUGCAUGCGGCAAAGAUGGCUGCUGGCAAGAAGCCAUGGCUUUGCUCCAGGGUGCGGAGCGAGACAGUCUUCAGCCUGCUGUGGUGAGUUACAGCGCAGCAAUCAAUGCAUGCGGAAAAAGCUCAGAGUGGGUCCUGGCAUUGGGUUUGUUUUCUGACAUGCAGACACUUGCCAUCACACCCAACACAAUCAGCUACAGUGCCGCCAUCAGCGCUUGUGAGAAGGAGUGGCAGCGUGCAUUGGCUCUCUGGGAGACACUCAAAUACUCUCCGCAUGCUGAGGUCGACAUCGUGGGCUACAGCGCCGUGAUUUCUGCAUGCGCAAAGGGCUCGGAAUGGUCAUUGGCGCUGCAGUUCCUCGAUGAGAUGCGACGGGGACAUCUUUACCCGAAUGUAAUAUGUUACAAUGCAGCAGCAAGCGCCUGUGGCAAUGCACAGAUGUGGGCGCAGGCUUUGCAAGUCCUCGCUGCCAUGACGUGGUUUCGCGUACUUCCCAGCAUUCGGAGCUACAACACCGUGAUCAGUGCCUGUGAUGCCGACAGGUGGGAGCUUGCUACAGGCCUCUUUGCCCAAAUGCAAGACGAGAUCUUACAGCCGGACGUGGUAACCUACAACAGCAUCAUCGGCGUGUUUGAGAGGGCUGAUCACCAGUGGACACACGCAGCUGCGCUGCUAGAGGAGAUGGCAGCCAGAGACGUUGAGCCGAGCACCGCGACGUUCAACACUGCCAUGAAUGCCCACUUCAGAGACGGGAACAACGUGGAAAGCGUCUUUGCAUUACUUCGGUCGAUGCGGGCCCGAAAGCUGCGCCCAGAUGUCAUCAGCUUCAACACGGCCAUCGGUGUGUGCGAGGCUGGCGGUCACUGGCAGCAAGCCUUUCAGCUCCUGGAAGACAUGAGGCACCUGGACGUCGCAGCCGAUUUGGUAAGUUACAACUGCCUUUUCAAUGUCUGUUACGCGAGUGGCCAGUGGGAACGUGUGUUGGAAGUGGUGCAGGACAUGGUUGCGCAUGGAAUUGACGGCUUCACGGAAUGCCGCUACGACCAUCUCACCCAGGCGGGCAGCUCCUUGGAUUGCUUCAAGCACGCCGUCCUGAUCUCAUUGUUGACGAGCUUUACGAAGGAGCCUGGACGCUUCACUUACAUCGACACCCAUGCGGGUCGAGGAGUUUACGACUUGACCAUGGACGGAGCACUGCAAGACAGCACGUUCGAGCACGGAAUCAAACUCCUGGACCGUGCGCCGAACAUGUGCUUCACGUUGACCCAGUACCUCGCACAGUUGCGAAGCUACAACGGGGUCGAAGGAGGAGGACACCUGCGCCACUACUUGGGCUCUCCCGCCCUGGCCACCCGCUGGCUGAGACCCGGGGAUCAGGCCGUGUGCUUUGAGCUUGCCAGCACCAUGUACGAGGACCUAGCACUGUUCUUCAAAUCGGGCAUCGGCAGCGGCAGCGUGAAGCUCAUUGCAGAAAAUUCGUAUUGGUGGCUUCUUCACCACAUGGAAGAGGACCUGCAGGGCAACGGGUUGAUCCUCAUGGAUCCCCCAUACGAGCCAUACAACGAGUACACCGCUUGGAAUCUGUUCCUCCUGAGGCACUUGCACGAAUUCUCGCGCUUCUGCGUUGCUGUGUGGUAUCCAUGCUUUACCUCCGACCAGAUGCAGAGUCUUUACACGCAGCUUUUCCAGCUGGAUGUUGGGGACUUGUUGGUGGUCGAAUUCCAGCUUCUCAAGCCCAGUGCGGCAUCAUUGACGAAGUCAGUGGUGGUGAUCCUCCGCCCGCCCGAGGGAAUGGACGCCACUCUGAAGCCCCUGCUGGCAGAACUGGGACGCCUGCUCCAAGGGCCUGGCACGAGUGCAAGCAGCUCAGUCUUUUGGCUCUCGGAAUGGCGCGAGGAAUCCAAGUGA